AACAUGUUAUAUCAUGCUUUGCUUAUCCAAUACCUGAGAGCAUAGCAGAGAGGGACAGCUUUCCAUGGAUGACAUGAAAUUAUUUUGUUGAAUUUGAAUUAUGUUGUUAUGCUCUGACAUGGUGUAAGACCCUUCUCACCUUUCAAUUCUCACUUUCAUAGCUCCUCAGUUGCAUUACCAAUGGCUCUUGGUGGUUUGGUUUCCAACAGAAACUUCACUUGUUUCAUUGGACCAGGAAGUGUAUAUCAAUUGGGAAAGGAUCUAUCACCUCAAAGAGGGGGAAUUUCUUGCGCAUUUGUUGCACGUUAUGGUGGUCAGAUUGCAAAGGAUCCUUUCUCAAGAUGCUGGCAUGGGAUGUGUUUUCAUGCUAAAGAACCUUUGAAUGAGAAAGUUUCAAAACCAAUACCAACAUUUCAUGAUGAAGUGCAGCAUUGUUCUCCACUAUCCCAGAAAUCCAUUCACUGCAUGAACAUGAAACUUAAGGCCAGCAGAAGAUGUCAGUACUUCCUCUCUUCAGAUCCCUAUAGCAGUAGCCUUAUUCAACAAAGAGCAGUAUAUGGACUAGGUUUAAACAAACUUGGUAAGGCAAAUACGGCUCGUGUUCAUUACAAGUCUGAGGAGCAUGAUAUAACAGAAGCAAAGAUGGAUCCUCUGGAAUCAACUGAAGGGACAGGUGAAUCCAUUCUCCUGGAAGGAAAUGUUCCACAAGUAUCUUCUUGGUGGCAGCAGUUUCCUAAGCGAUGGGUUAUUGUAUUGCUAUGUUUUGCAGCAUUUCUGCUGUGCAACAUGGACCGUGUGAAUAUGAGCAUAGCAAUACUUCCAAUGUCACAAGAGUUUAAUUGGAACAGUGCAACGGUUGGCCUAAUUCAAUCAUCUUUUUUCUGGGGCUAUCUACUUACUCAGAUCCUUGGUGGCAUAUGGGCAGACAAAAUUGGUGGGAAGCUAGUGCUAGGUUUUGGUGUUGUCUGGUGGUCAAUGGCAACAGUUUUAACACCUAUUGCUGCAAGAAUUGGGCUCCCUUGUUUGCUUAUUAUGCGUGCCUUUAUGGGGAUUGGUGAGGGUGUUGCCAUGCCUGCUAUGAAUAAUAUGCUUUCCAAGUGGAUUCCUGUUUCGGAGAGAAGCAGAUCACUUGCCCUAGUAUAUAGUGGCAUGUACCUAGGUUCUGUGGUUGGCUUGGCAUUCUCACCAUUGCUAAUCCAAAAAUUUGGUUGGCCAUCAGUGUUUUACUCCUUUGGAUCUCUUGGAAGUAUCUGGUUUGCCUUGUGGUUGAGAAAGGCAUAUAGCUCCCCAAAAGAUGACCCUGAUCUUGGGGUAGAGGAGAAAAGGCUCAUACUGGAAGGCAAUGUAUCAAAUGCACCUGUUUCUUCCAUUCCUUGGAAAUUAAUUUUAUCAAAAGCACCUGUUUGGGCUCUUAUAAUCUCCCACUUCUGUCACAAUUGGGGGACAUUUAUUCUUUUAACCUGGAUGCCUACUUACUAUAAUCAGGUUCUAAAGUUCAACCUCAUGGAAUCUGGGCUCUUAUGUGUUCUUCCAUGGUUAACCAUGGCAGCUUUUGCAAAUAUUGGUGGGUGGAUUGCUGACACACUAGUGAGAAAAGGCCUAUCCAUAACAGUUGUUCGAAAGAUCAUGCAAUCAAUCGGGUUUCUGGGUCCAGCCUUUUUCCUUUCACAGCUGAGCCAUGUCAGAACACCUGCCAUGGCUGUACUGUGCAUGGCCUGUAGUCAGGGAUCUGAUGCAUUCUCGCAAUCUGGUCUGUAUUCCAAUCACCAAGACAUUGGACCACGCUAUGCUGGUGUAUUGCUUGGACUAUCGAAUACCGCAGGAGUGCUUGCUGGUGUCUUUGGUACAGCUGCAACUGGAUUCAUACUCCAGCGAGGUUCUUGGAAUGAUGUUUUUAAGGUUGCUGUUGCAUUGUACAUAAUAGGCACAUUGGUGUGGAAUGUCUUUUCAACUGGGGAGAAAGUUCUUGACUGAAGAUGACAUGUCAAGGAAGGUCAGCCUAUAUAGCCAUGGAAAUAUAGAAACAGAUGGAACACUAAUCAGAUGACCAAAGAUGUCUUGGAAGAUUAAACCCCCUCAAAAAAGUAGAAAAAAGAGACACCAUGGAAGUUUUCACCUUAAACCAUGGCCAUUAUAGAAAAGGGUCUUCAAGAAAUCUUGGAUUAAUUUUGUACCUUUUCCGCAACAAUAAAAGUGAGUUUGUCUCUAAAAAUAGCAAGUAAAAGUAUAUCUACCCAUAGAUUUCAGUAAGUUAGGUUUACAAUACACUUUCAAUUAAGUUAAUAUUAGAUACAUUUUUACUUGCUUACUUUAUCUAAGCAUACUCAAGCUCAAUAUACAUGUUACUUGAGAACACUACAUCAUACGCCAAGAUGGAAAUUAGAUUGUUCAGCGUUUUCAUUAUA